UCUCUCUCUCUCUCCUCCGUGAGCUAGCUCUACUCACUCUCUUUCCGUCCCUCAUCUAAUUUGUCGCUAAUUUCAGCUCCGUUAUGUUUAAGACGUUUAUACUGGUGACUGCUCUGUGUUUCACACUCGGCCACGCAGAGAUUAAAGAUAAAGAUUACUCCAUAACCGUUAUAUCUGGCUCAUACGCCUUUAACAUGGUUGUGUCUGGUCUUGCUGACGGCGACUCACUCCUUGAAGCAAUGAAUAAGGCUAAAACUGAAGAGAAGUUUACGUUUGAAAUGUCUGAGGACUCAGUAACCUCUAUAAACGCUGUGGAACCUGAAGACGCAGGAACCCAUUAUUGGCAGGCAGCUGCAAAGAUUGGAGACAUGUGGGAACCACUAGCUCAUGAUAUCAGCAAGGGGGUACACGCGGACAAGUACAAGUGGACAAUUGUAGAAAUACAGACAGAUGCAAAUGUAAGUGGCAGUACUGUUACAAGUCCUGGCUUCUGGAUGAUCACUACUACUAUCUUAGCUUCACUACUGCUAUCUUAGCUUCUCUCCUUAACUGGGAGUUCUAAAGGCACGGUGUUGUUACCAGCAUGGUCACUAAGGUCACUAAGGUCACGUGAUACAUUAUCACGUGACACAUUAUCUGUAGUGAACAUUCUUUUAUUGAAGCUAGACUUCGAAUUUUGGGGAAAAUGUUGUAUGAAGGACGGGAGUGUGAUGAUAAAGCAUGAGACUUCUUGGUUUAUGUUAUCUUUUUAUUUUUGUAAGCUUCUAGAAAAAGAUAUAAUAUAUUGGACGAUAAUAUUAUAUGUGUAAUAAACUAUCUGUAUGCCCUCAUCAAUACCCGUACUUAGUUAAUAUAA